CAUGGGUCUUGUCUUGGUCUUAGUUUCACUUCCAACGCGCCGUUAUGUGUUGGUUUCUCCCGUCUCCUUCGCACUUCUAUUUCUUGAAGAAAGGGAAUCAAAGAUUGCAAAGGAAAGGAACCAAGAACUAAGAAAAAAAGGCGCCCUGCAACAACAAAACACUAACUAACUCGCUCUCUCCCGCAUCAGCUGUGCGCUCUCUCCCGCUCUCUCCCGCUCGCGCUCUCGCGAUCCUCGGCCGGGGUGCAGUUAUAAAAACCAGCUGCUCGGAGAGGACCAGCACAGUCGAUUUCCGAGUUCGUCGAGUCAACAGCUCUUCUUGUUCUACCUUUCGGUUCUCGUUCGGUGACUUGAGAUUGUGCGGUUCGAAAAAUUAUUUAAAAAACCCUCGCACAACCACACACCAACCAAAAACAUGCUGAAACGGACACAUUAACAAAAAAAAACUAAAUCUUAAAUCAAACAAAAUGCAAUAUUAGCCAAAAAGCAAGGACUACCAUCCAAAAUUCUCAUCAAAAAACAAACAACUGUAAAUGAGUGAAGAGUGACCAAGAUAAAAUUGUGUUUUAGCAAUUUUUCGGCUACAACAACACAGAAACUCACUAACGAAAUCAAAAAUCUUCAGUUUUUCGAAACGCCCAACAUACACACAAAAAACCAACAAAAUGCUGUGGGAAACUAUUGUGGAGGAGACCAACUGCAGCAUGGAUUGCAAUAUCAGUAACACCAGCAACUCCAGUAAUAUCAACAAAAUGAGUGGAUCUCGUCGUGCUCGCCGUUCUUUGGAACUGAUGAGCAUGGAGCAGGAGGAGCUGUCGUUCUACGACGACGAUUCUGCACCCCAGGACCAGCAGCGCUCGGCCAGUCCGGAACUGAUGGGUCUGCUCUCGCCCGAGGGUUCGCCCCAGCGCUUCCAGAUCGUCCGCCAGCCCAAGGUCCUGCCAGCAGUGGGAGGAUCAAACGAUGUCGCAACCCACAACACACCAGCUCGCAGCUUCCGCAUCUUCAACAGCCUGUCCUCCACCUGCUCCAUGGAGUCUUCCAUGGACGAUGAGUACAUGGAGCUGUUCGAGAUGGAGUCGCAGAGCCAACAGACCGCCCUGGGCUUCCCCAGUGGCCUGAACUCGCUGAUCAGUGGACAGAUCAAGGAGCAGCCCUCGACCAAAUCGCCAGCUGGCCUGUCCAUGCGCCGUCCCUCGGUGAGGCGAUGCCUCAGCAUGACGGAGAGCAACACCAGCAGCUCCACCCCACCACCAAAGACCCCAGAGACUGUCCGGGAUUGCUUCAAGCGCCCGGAACCGCCAGCAUCGGCCAACUGCUCGCCCAUCCAGAGCAAGCGCCAUCGCUGCGCCACCGUUGAGAAGGAGAACUGCCCUGCACCAGCCAGCCAAAUCACCCAAAUCACGACCAGCCAUCCCCCACCGCUGAGGAAGUGCAUGUCCCUGAACGAUGCCGAGAUCAUGUCCGCCUUGGCCCGCUCCGAGAACCGCAACGAGCCCGAGUUGAUCGGUGACUUUAGCAAAGCCUAUGCCCUGCCCCUGAUGGAGGGUCGUCAUCGGGAUCUGAAGAGCAUCUCCAGCGAAACAGUGGCUCGUCUGCUGAAGGGCGAGUUCAGCGAUGAGGUGGCCAGCUACCGAAUUAUCGACUGUCGCUAUCCCUACGAAUUCGAGGGCGGUCACAUCGAGGGCGCCAAGAAUCUGUACACCACCGAGCAGAUCCUCGAGGAGUUCCUCACCGUGCAACAGACUGAGCUGCAGCAGCAGCAGAACGCCAGUUCGGGACCCAAGCGCAACAUUAUCAUCUUCCACUGCGAGUUCUCCUCGGAGCGUGGACCCAAAAUGUCCCGCUUCCUGAGGAACUUGGAUCGGGAGAGGAACACCAAUGCCUACCCGGCGUUGCACUAUCCCGAGAUCUAUCUGCUGCACAACGGCUACAAGGAGUUCUUUGAGUCGCAUGUGGAGCACUGCGAACCCCAUGCCUACCGCACCAUGUUGGACCCCGCCUACAACGAGGCCUACCGCCACUUCCGGGCCAAGUCCAAGUCCUGGAAUGGCGAUGGUCUGGGCGGAGCCACCGGUCGGCUCAAGAAGUCGCGCUCCCGACUGAUGCUGUAAGAUGGAUCGUACAGUUCGUUAUCUUAAUUUGGGUGUUAUCGUAUUGUAUAUAUAUAGACGUAUAGGGGUAUUUAUUUCACGCUGCUUUUAAGUUGAUUUUUGUUGAUUUUCAUUUGUUAAUCCCGUAGACUAAGUUUCUCGCAGACACCCGACACUCAUUCAUACAAAACAGACAAUUUCAUUUGGAAUUUAACGCUUUUAUUUAGUUAUUAUUGUUUUUAUGGAUUCGGCUUUAGUUCAAUUAUUUAAGCACUUUAGUUCAAAUUUUAAAGAUUACCAAUCGAACAAGCAAACAAAAAAUGUGCAUUAUAAUCUAAAAACGUGAGGAACACUGUCAUUUAAAUUUAAGAGGCCGAUCCCGAAAUCAGACCCCUUAAUCAUUUGUAGAUGAUAAGCAGAAACAAAAUGGCUAAGAACUAAAAAAAAA